ACUCAUCUGCAACUCCAUCUCCUCCUCCUCCUUUUCCUCUCCUAGAUCUCUACAGUUUUUGGGUUGCUUCUGCCAUGGUGGUCUGUUCAAAACCUGCAUUAGAUACGUUCUCUCUGAUAAAUGACUUCAAACCCACCACCUUUGUCUCUGGAAUUCCUGUUAUAGAUCUCUCAAAACCAGAUGCAAAGAUCCUCGUUGUUAAGGCCUGUGAAGAAUUUGGGUUCUUCAAGGUGAUCAACCAUAGAGUCCCAAUUGAGUUCAUCCAAAAAUUGGAAUCUGAAGCUGUGAAGUUCUUCUCUUUACCACUGCCUCAGAAAGAAGAAGCUGGCCCUGCUAAUCCAUUUGGGUAUGGAAACAAAAGAAUUGGGCCAAACGGAGAUAUUGGGUGGAUUGAAUAUAUUCUCCUGAGAAGCAAUCCUCAAUUCAUCUCUGAGAGAUCUCUGUCCAUUUUUGGUGAAAGCCCAGAAGUGUUUUGCUCUGCUGCUAAUGAUUAUAUUUCAUCUGUGAGGAUGAUGACCUGUGAAAUUCUUGAAUUGCUAGCAGAAGGGCUUGGGAUUGAACAGAGGAAUGUGUUCAGCAAGCUUUUGAUGGAGGAAGAAAGUGACUGUCUGUUCAGGAUCAACCACUACCCACCAUGUCCAAACGUUCAACCUCUGAGUCAUCCCAAUAUAAUUGGGUUUGGAGAGCACACAGACCCACAGAUAAUCUCAGUUCUUCACUCCAACAACAUUUCAGGCCUGGAAAUCUCUCUGAGAGAUGGGACUUGGGUCCCUGUUCCACCUGACCAGAGCUCCUUCUUCAUCAAUGUUGGUGAUUCCCUGCAGGUUUUGACUAAUGGGAGGUUUAAGAGUGUGAAGCAUAGGGUUUUGACAAAUGGAUUGAAGUCCAGGGUUUCAAUGAUCUACUUUGGAGGGCCACCUUUGGAUGAGAAGAUAGCACCCUUACCAACCCUCAUAGAAGAAGGAGAAGAGAGCUUGUACAAAGAGUUCACAUGGUGUGAAUAUAAGAAGUCAGUCUAUAAAUCAAGGUUGGCUGAUAAUAGGCUUUUGCACUUCCAAAAACUGAGAGCAGCUGCUGAUGGACUCCAGAGUCCAGAUCACAUUUUAAAGUAUUAAUAAAAUAUAGUAAGAAUGGGUUGGUCAAAGUAGGUUGGACAAGUUGACCAAAUUAGGCAAAGUUGGAUAGAUACCAAAUAGAAUUUGUGAGGUAGGGUUUUCUUUUCCUUUAGUCAGUUUUACUUUUAUUUUAUUUUUCCUUAUCAUGUAACUACAUCUUCUGAAUACUGUUUCAUCAU